AUGCAGCCUUCCAGCCUGUACUGCCUUUUGGCCGCAGUCGGGUUCGUUUCUGCAAUCGCCAUUCCCUCGGUCAAUCUCGAGCGCAGUCCCGUCAAGAUUGAUCAUGGCAAGCGGCUCGAGGAUCCGGAACUGGUGUCCAACGAGUACUUGAACUAUGACAAGCGCGGUAAUCCCAUUCAGGACGGUGACGAGUACCAUCAUUACAACAACAAGAAGCGCAGCAAUCCGAUUCAGGACGGUGACGAGUACCAUCAUUACAACAACAAGCGCAGUCCCGUUGAGGAUCCCGAAGUUGUAUCCAACGAGUACUUGAACUAUGCGAAGCGCGGUAAUCCGAUUCAGGACGGUGAUGAGUACCAUCAUUACAACAACAAGCGCAGUCCUGUUGAGGAUCCCGAAGUUGUAUCCAACGAGUACUUGAACUAUGACAAACGCGGUGAAGUCAUUGAGGGCGCGAACGGGUACUAUAGUUACAACAGGAAGCGUCGUGAGUUGAUGCAGAUCAAAGUUCCAUAUUGA